GUACGAGAUGAUAUCCGGCCCAUUCCAAACAAAAUCUAAGCACUGUACUCUCGCCUAGCUCUAGCUAGCCAGAGUAGCUCUGUGCGCUAGCUAGCAAUCUUCCUUCCGGAGGCGCCACCCAGACUCGACUGAUCAUCGCCAUGUCUCCGGCCAUGUCGUCUCUAUGCACGUUCGCCGCGCUCUCUGGGGCCGCGGGCCGGGCGCCGGGCCGUCGUGGCAGCCCACAGGGGGGCAACAAGAAGCGGGCCGUGGCCCAGCCUCUCGCGGCCGGUGCCAUGACGGAGGCGCCGGCGGCGGCGGCGGCCGUGGUCAUAGCGCCGCCGGCACGCCCCGUCGUCACCACCCCGCGACGCCGUGAGCCAGGACGCGACGGCCGGGACAGCGGCGCCAGCGAGAACGUGGCGUGGAAGAGUAUCCGCCAGGAGAGGUGGGAGGGGACGCUUGAACUGGAAGGGGAGCUGCCGCUCUGGCUGGAUGGCACCUACCUGAGGAACGGUCCGGGCCUAUGGGAUGUCGGGGACUACGGCUUCCGGCACCUGUUCGACGGCUACGCGACGCUGGUGCGCGUGUCGUUCCGCGACGGGCAGGCCGUGGGCGCGCACCGGCAGAUCGAGUCGGAGGCCUACAAGGCGGCCAAGGAGCACGGCAAGGUGUGCUACCGUGAGUUCUCGGAGGUGCCCAAGACGGAGAACUUCUUGUCCUUCCUGGGGCAGAUGGCCAGCCUCUUCUCCGGCUCCUCCCUCACCGACAACUCCAACACCGGCGUCGUCCGGCUCGGCGACGGGCGCGUGCUCUGCCUGACGGAGACCAUCAAGGGGUCCAUCGUGGUGAACCCGGACACGCUGGAGACGGUGAGCAAGUUCGAGUACACGGACAAGCUGGGCGGGCUGAUCCACUCGGCCCACCCGGUGGUGAACGACACCGAGUUCUGGACGCUGAUCCCGGACCUGAUCAGGCCCGGGUACGUGGUGGCGAGGAUGGAGGCCGGGAGCAACGAGCGGCGGUUCGUGGGCCGCGUGGACUGCCGCGGCGGGCCGGCCCCCGGGUGGGUGCACUCGUUCCCGGUCACGGAGAACUACGUGGUGGUGCCGGAGAUGCCGCUCCGGUACUGCGCCAAGAACCUCCUCCGCGCCGAGCCCACGCCGCUGUACAAGUUCGAGUGGCACCUCGAGUCCGGCAGCUUCAUGCACGUCAUGUGCAAGGCCAGCGGCAACAUCGUGGCGAGCGUGGAGGUGCCGCCGUUCGUGACGUUCCACUUCAUAAACGCGUACGAGGAGAAGGACGAGGAAGGGCGGGUGACGGCGAUCAUCGCCGACUGCUGCGAGCACAACGCCGACACGUCCAUCCUCGACAACCUCCGCCUCCACAACCUCCGGGCCUUCGCGGGCCAGGACGUGCUCACGGACGCCAGGGUGGGCCGGUUCAGGAUCCCGCUGGACGGCAGCCCGUUCGGGGAGCUGGACGCGGCGCUGGACCCGGAGGAGCACGGGCGUGGCAUGGACAUGUGCAGCAUCAACCCGGCCCACGUCGGCAAGGAGUACCGCUACGCCUACGCCUGUGGGGCGCGCCGGCCCUGCAACUUCCCCAACACGCUCACCAAGAUCGACCUGCUCGACAAGACCGCCAAGAACUGGUACGAGGAAGGCGCCGUGCCGUCCGAGCCCUUCUUCGUGCCGCGCCCCGGCGCCGUCGACGAAGACGACGGCGUGGCGAUAUCGAUGGUGAGCGCCAAGGACGGGUCGGGAUACGCGCUGGUGCUGGACGGCCAGACGUUCCAGGAGAUCGCACGGGCCAAGUUCCCCUACGGGCUGCCUUACGGCUUGCACUGCUGCUGGGUGCCCAGGGACAAGUAAAACAUACUGCGUGCACCGGCACCGGCGGCAUCAAUCGAUGCCAUUGUUCAUCGUCUCUGCUUCUUGCAUACUGGCUCAGCGCAGCGUGUCCAGUCGGCAGUCGCCUGUACGUGGAUGUUUGUGCAGCUACAAAAAUUAGCCGACUUGCUACUAGUUUUCUGUAAAAAAAAAAGAGAGUAUACACGUAGUGAUCCAUAGACACAUGUGAGAUGUGGUAUACGUGGAAGUGAAACUACAGGGGACUAGGUGUAGUAGUCCGACUCCGGUCCUCUCAGUGCUGUAGCCAUGCAAGUGUAAUGUGUACAUAACUCUUCGUUGUCAGGUUCAUAUAUACAGUGUUGUUCAUUGUUAGUGUGUACGUUAGCACGUAGUAGUAUAGUGACUAUUCCAUUGGAAAUAAAACAUGUCUUGUUCGUGUA